CUCCACUUGGCGUAGCGUAGCAACAGUACGGGUCAUGGGUCGUGACCCGACUGCCGUGAAACCUCCCUAUAAACAGAUGGCAUGGAAAGUAAACAUUUUUACAACUUGUGAAAAAAUGAUAGAACAGCCUUUCGGAAAUGGAGAACAACAUAUAUAGAUCAAUGACUGUUAUAAAGACAUUGUUGCCAUAGAGGGAGCAUAGAGAAGGUUCACCAGACUGAUUCCUGGGAUGGAAGGACUUUCAUAUUAAGAAAGACUGGAUAGACUCGGCUUGUACACGCUAGAAUUUAGAAGAUUGAGGGGGGAUCUUAUAGAAACGUACAAAAUUCUUAAGGGGUUGGACAGGCUAGAUGCAGCAAGAUUGUUCCCGAUGUUGGGGAAGUCCAGAACAAGGGGUCACAGUUUAAGGAUAUGGGGGAAGUCUUUUAGGACUGAGAUAAUAAAAUCAUUUUUCACACAGAGAGUGGUGAAUCUGUGGAAUUCUCUGCCACAGAAGGUAGUUCAUUGGCUAUAUUUAAGAGGGAGUUAGAUGUGGCCCUUGUGGCUAAAGGGGUCAGGGGGUAUGGAAAGAAGGCAGGUACAGGAUACUGAGUUGGAUGAUCAGCCAUGAUCAUAUUGAAUGGCGGUGCAGGCUCGAAGGGCCGAAUGGCCUACUCCUGCACCUAUUUUCUAUGUUUCUAUAACAGGCAAGAUUUAGUAGAAAUGCCAAAAACUCUCUCUUGUGAAAAGUCAGUAUGUUUUUAAUGGAAACCCAUGAUUUUAACGAGCUUUUCAACCUCCAUAGAGAAUCAAAUUUGGGGUUGUCAACAGUUUGCAUCAUAGGAAGUACUGCAGCUUGCAAUCAUGGAAAACAUCUUCAGGAAAUAUCUUAUCUUGGUUUGUUCUAUCAGAAAUGUUUUAGUAUAGAUUCUUAGAGCUCUGACAUAAGUUUUCAGCUGGCAUUCUGACUUAACAUGGUUUUCCUUCCACAGGUAACUGGUAGUAAGUUGAAAUAUAUAUAAAUAUUAAAAAUGACUGGAAGAGCCCGUUCUCGAGCCCGUGGCAGAACACGUGUCCCCGAAGUAAGUUCACAACCUCUUGCUCCAAGGCUGGAACCUUCUCCAAUACCGCCGCGUGCUGCCAGCGCAGGGGAGCCUGAACUACUUGGUCGUGGUCGACAGCGAGGUCCCUCUGGUGCACUACUACGCAAAGAUGUUGAGGUGGUAUCUGCUGGAUUUAAAGAGAUGUCUUUAACGGAAAGAGGUGGGCGGCGGCGAGAUUUCCAUGAUCUUGGAGUUAACACCAGAAAGACUAUGGAACAUGUCAAGGAGUCCAAAACAGGUUCUUCUGGAAGUGCAAUACGUCUGAUAACAAACUAUGUUCGCCUGAACUCUUGUGCCCAGUGGCUUCUAUAUCAAUACCACGUGGAUUAUGAACCUCAGAUGGAAUCGAGGCGUCUACGUACUGUACUAUUGUUUAUGCAUGAGAACGUUCUUGGCAGAAUUCGUGUUUUUGAUGGUGGUGUGCUAUUCCUUCCUAAAAGAUUGGAAACAAGAGUGACCGAACUACGCAGCCAGACACGUGAUGGACAGAAUGUGAAUGUUACAGUUACCUUGACCAACGAACUGCCUCCCACAUCUCCAACAUGUCUGCAGUUUUACAACAUUGUGUUCAGGAGGCUUUUAAAGAUAAUGUGCUUGCAGCAAAUUGGCCGAAAUUACUACAAUCCUAAGGAUCCCAUAAUGAUUCCACAGCACAGAAUCAUGGUUUGGCCAGGAUAUACCACUUCAAUCCUGCAGUAUGAGAGCAAUGUCAUGCUCUGUGCAGAUGUUAGUCACAAAAUCCUGCGUAGUGAUACUGUACACGAUGUCAUGCAUGAGUUAUAUGCUCAGUUUGGUGAACAACGGUUUCAGGAGGCAUGCUCCAAGGAACUGGUUGGAGUAAUAGUUCUAACCAGGUACAAUAACAAGACUUAUCGAAUUGAUGACAUUGAUUGGUUUCAGAAUCCCCAAAGCACCUUUAAUAAGGGAGGAACUCAAGUCAGCUACAUUGAUUACUAUAAAAAGCAAUACAGUAUGGAUAUUGAUGAUGUGAAUCAACCAGUGCUCGUUAGCCAGCCCAGAAGGCAAGGACCUGCUGGUACUAGUCUAGGACCUAUUUGCCUCAUUCCUGAGCUAUGCUAUCUUACAGGCAUGACGGAUAAAAUGCGUUCGGAUUUCAACGUGAUGAGAGACCUAUCUGCACAUACAAGAUUAACACCAGAACAGAGGGAGCAGCAGUUGUGGCGCUUUGUGGACUACAUCCAAAGUGAUGAAAAUGUACAGAAAGAACUGUCAGAUUGGGGCAUCCAGUUCGAUUCCAAAUUGCACUCUCUCUCUGGCAGAGUUGUACCUACAGAGAAGAUCCAACAAGGUGGAAAAAUGUUUGAUUAUAAUCCCCAAGCAGCAGAGUGGUCCAGAGAAACCAGAGGUUCCUACCUGAUCAACCCUGUUCCGCUGGAAAAUUGGGUGUUGGUUUUUACCCGAAGAAAUACUGAUGUGGCUCGCAGUCUUUUUCAAACUUUGGGAAAAGUAGUGAAGGCAAUGGGCAUCAGGAUGGAGAAGCCAUUAAUGGUUGAGGUGGAAGAUCGCAGCGAGGCAUUUUUGAGGGCACUUCAAUCCAACGUUACUCAGUCUACAAGAAUUGUGGUUUGUGUUCUUCCAUCUAACCGCAAAGACAAAUACGAUACAAUCAAGAAAUACUUGUGUGUUGAAUGCCCAACUCCAAGUCAAUGUGUUGUUGCCCGGACCUUGAGCAAGCCUCAGGCACUGAUGGCUAUCGCCACAAAAAUUGCUUUACAGAUUAAUUGUAAAAUGGGCGGUGAACUGUGGAGUGUUGAGAUACCGCUCAAACAGCUGAUGGUGAUUGGAAUUGACUGUUACCAUGAUAAUGCUGCUGGAAGAAAAUCAAUUGCAGGAUUUGUUGCCAGUCUUAAUCAGACAAUAACCAGGUGGUUUUCCCGCUGUAUCUUUCAAGAUCGUGGACAAGAACUUGUAGAUGGAUUGAAAGUUUGCUUGCAAGCUGCGUUAAAGGCGUGGCACGCAUGCAACAAGUGUCUGCCUGGUCGCAUCAUUGUGUACCGUGAUGGAGUUGGUGAUGGACAGCUCAACACAGUGGUAAAUUACGAGAUUCCACAAUUGCUGGAUUGUUUGAAAUACCUGCCCGACUACAAUCCAAAGCUAUCAGUGAUUGUUGUGAAGAAGCGUGUCAAUGCCAGAUUUUUUUCACAAGCGGGAGGAAGAUUACAGAACCCGCCACCCGGAACUGUCAUUGAUACAGAUGUCACAAGACCAGAAUGGUACGACUUCUAUAUAGUUAGCCAGUCGGUGAAGGUUGGUACUGUCACACCGACACACUAUAACGUGGUGUUUGACAACAGUAACCUGAAACCAGAUUAUAUGCAGCGGCUAACCUACAAGUUGUGCCACAUGUAUUACAAUUGGCCGGGUGUGAUCCGUGUGCCCGCCCCUUGCCAGUAUGCCCACAAGCUGGCAUUCUUGGUGGGGCAGAGUAUUCAUCGAGAGCCCAGUCUGGCGUUAGCUGACCGACUUUAUUACCUAUGAAUAUCACAAGCAAUCAAGUUUCCAGUCGUGAACUCUGUCAAAGAAAAGGGAUUUUUAAAAGAGUGUGCAAUUUAUCAAGAAUAUAUUUUGUAGAUCAGGGCAAUGUUCAAUGUUUGCAUUCCAUCUGUCUGCAUAUUAAUUAAUUUGAUGCCUUCUGCAACCACAGAAGUUCAGUGCUUGUGGCUAAUCUUCCUCUGCUCUCAAAUUGAAUCCUAGUUGAUUGUUGCCCGAGUGGCCUUGUGUGGCAGAGGAUAGGGGGACUUGUUCUUCACGUUCACAUCCUUGCAAUAAUCACUGAGUCAACAGCCACUGUGCUGCGAUGCCACUUGCUCUUUGAUAAGACAGGGACAUGCUGCCCUCCCACUGUGGCUGAGAAUUUCUUCAGGAGUCCUGACCGUGUAAUCCAAAAACAUAUGAAUUACAUUUUUCAUUCUGCCAUUCAGGAAUUGAUCCCUUGAACAGCGACUAGAAAUUUGUUGCUUGCAUAGGCCUUUAAUUACAAACAUUCAUUGCUUUCUUGUCUCCAUGCUGAGGCCCUACACCCUAAUGAAAACUUGGUUGUCUCAUUUUGAUUUUGACAUUGGCUUCCAUGCAUCUAUUCUAUCUCUGAAUCUUAAAUGCUUUGAGAUGGACUCUCUUAUACUUCUAAACGUCAGUGCAUAUAAACUGAUUGUUCUUUAACUUCAUGGUCACAGGGUGACCCCCUCAUUCUUGGUAUCUUUCCAGUGAAGAAACAAGGAAGUGAAGAUACUUCAUACUUAAAAUGAAGAAAGUGUUUGAGUAAUUUAGUGGAUUGGUCAGCAUCUCUGGAAGACAUGGAUCGGUGAUGUUUCGGAUCUGAGGAAUGGCUUCGACCCAAAAGUCACCUAUCCGUGUUCUCCAGAGAUCCUGUCUAACCUGCUGAGUUACUCCAGCACUUUGUGUCCUUUUAUGUUUUACUACCCGUGUGUAUAACAGGGUUGGUAAAAAUUUAAACAGAGAACAUUUAUUGUAUUGGAAUUGAAAUCGGGUUAGGUAGCAGAGAAGAUAUGAGACCAGCAUGUGUACAAUGCCCUCGCAUGCUGAGAUCCUUCUUCAGACCUGAACAGUCACCUAUCCAUGUUCUCCAGAGAUGCUGCCUGACCCGCUGAGUUACUCCAGCACUUUGUGUCCACUUAUCUAUCUACUGAAUCUGUGCUGCACCACCUUGAGCCAAAUAUAUCUUAGGUUUGGUUUGGAGACAAACUGCACACUUCUUGCAGGAAGAUUUUUUUGGUGUUCUCUACUCUACCCCCUACAGUUACGGAUGCCUCGUAUGCAAAACAAAAUUGCAGAUGUUGGAAGUUGGACAGGCUUUGUUCUCAAGUUUAAACGUUCCAAGGUUCCAGGCUGAGACUCGUUUUCAAUCAUUUUUUGGAAAAAGGUUGAACAAAUGGCGUAGUCCCAUUAGAUAUCGCGCUUAUCCUAUAAACUUCCCUCUUGGGACUAGGGGCUAUAGCAGUUAUAGUUCCUUACAUUUACUUAUUGCUUUUGCUGCUAAAAGAUACCAUGUGAGUUUUCAUGGUAGAAACAAGGAAUUGCAGAUGCAAAAAAAAAAGAACACAGUGCUGGAGUAACUCAGCGGGUCAGGUAGCAUCACUGGAGAACAUGGAUGGGUGAUGUUUUGAGUGGGGACACUUCUUUAGACUGUCUCUUCCCCCUCCACUGUACACCACUUGGCUCGCACCUAUUUCUCCCCGCCCGCACCCCUUCCACCUACUAUUGCUUCACAAUUCACAACUGCAAUCCUUUUUAUCUCAACUUCUGUCGUUUCAUCUCUGAACUUUGUCCAAACAUUUGGCUAUCAAAAAUUCCCCCUGCCUGGGUUCAUCUAUUGCCUGCCAAGCUUUGUCCUGCCCCUCCUUUCUUCCAGAUUUCACCUCUUCUCCCCACCGCACGGUCAAUCAAUCCGUCUAAAGAAGGGUCUCAAGCCGGAAUUGUUUAUCCAUGUUCUCCAGAGAUGCUGCCUGACCCCCUGAGUUACUCCAGCACUCCGUGUCUUUGUGAUUUUCCUACAUGGAGAGAAAAGUUGUCUGCCUUCCCGCAUGAAUCCAGUGAGGGUUGUGGACUUGUACAGGGAUUCCUCUUGCUCCACUCUGUAAAAUGAUGCGUUUACACUCUGUGAACCCCCUCGUCAAAUACUAUGGUAGGCGUGGACGCUGAUUGUCAAGCUUGAGUUGUGUCAACUACUGAGAUGAGCUUAUUUUACUCCAUUACUUUGUUCUAUUAAUAUAUCUUGUUCAAGAAGUGCUUUAUUUCAUUAUAAAUCUUAGUUUUUUCUGUGUAAAACAUUUAUUCAAAUCACUUUGGAAGGUUGUGGUACUUUUAACUACUGGAUGUUGUUUUGGUUUAAUUAGUUAUUAAAAUAGGCUUUUUGAAAAUGUCCCCGAUGAAAUGUCAAUGUUGGCAUCUUGUGCGUGUAGGGGCUAUCAAUUGUCGCAGUCGUUUUGGGGAAGGUUUAUUUGGUUCUGCUAAGGUGGUUACGUGGUAGGAACAGUCUGGGGUGCUCUAAAUAUUUGUACCUGAUGGUGUUUUUCAUAACGAUUUUACUAAAGCAUAAUUGUUAAAUGCAGAUAUUGCCCAUAUCAAAAUUAAGAGCCUCAAAUCUUCACAAGUAGUUAUUAGUUUGUUAGGAUGCUUUAGGAGUAUAAUGGUGUAUUGGCCAACACCAGCAGUUGUGAAGUGACCAGGUUACAAGAUACUACACGGUUGGUGAUAAUAAACUAACUUGUGUCGCUCAGAGUUUAAAAUAGACUCAUUUCCUUACACCCAAAUGUCCAUCCACUAAAUACUUUUAGGCAUUUGUCUGUUACUGUUACCUGCCAUGCAGCACCAGUCCAUUGGGACUUUGCACACCUGCCAAUUUACAGCAUGCUUUGUGUAAAACUAAACUCUGUGCAAAUGUAGGAGUGGCUAGUUUUUUUUUUAAGGUGCAAGUGGAGCCAUAUCAUAUAAAGAAUCCUUUGGUUGUGUAUGUUUUAUUUAACCUGGUGAAGUGAUGCACAGAAGAGCUGGUGUAUCAAUUGGCCUCUUGGAGAAACCAGCCAGAAAUCCCUUCAGCAUGUGGUUUGGGGGUAGCUGUUGUGUGAAUCUGCUCCGAGGAUGGGCUCUGAUCAUUGUUGAUGCCUCUGACUGCCUUUCUGCUUAGGUCAUGCUUUCUACUGGCAUGAAUAAUGCCACGUGUCUGUCUAAUGGUGAUUGAUUAAAAUAAAGAUUCCGUUAUUAAGCACGUAAACUUGUUUUGUACCUUAUUUGUCUUUGCGUGCCCAUUGUGUCAAUUCAGCUUAUUGAAAAUAAUUGUAUUCACUUUUGAAGUGAUCUAAAUGUAUGAGUGGUGAUUACCCAAUGUUACAUUAGCAGAUAUCAAGAAAUGUGAGUUGGCUCCGUUUCUUUAACAAGUUCUCUGGGUGAUUUUUAUUCCAUAUCUCAAAUGUUUACAUAGUGAUUUGUGAAUUAACAGCCAUACUCUGGGGUUACCUGUAUGCCAGUGCAUAAAUAAGGCAUGAAAGCCAUGACACAGAGUCAUGUGGAUUCUUCAAUCAGAAACUAAUCUGAUAUUUGUCCGGUUGCUGCCUAGACAGUCAGUCUUUCACUCAAGUCAUUUAAUCCAAGGCUCCAUCUGUAUUCAACCUGGUGAGUGUAUGGAAUGAGCUGCCAGAGGAGGUAGUUGAGGCAGAUACUAUGAAUGACAAUGAAGACAUUUUGACAGGUACAUGGAUAGGAAAGAUUCAGGAGGGUAUGGGCCAAACGCAAGGAAAAUGGGACAGGUUAGAUGGUCAUCGUGAGCAGCAUGGACAAGUUGUGUUGUAUGGCCUGUUGUCAAAGUGCUAUGCCAGCUCGCCCAGUCUAAGAUU